AAAAAAACAAACAGACUAUUUUGUUUCGCCUUCUCUGCAUUUACUUGUUAAAACUUGAAAGUAAUGUUUUAAAGAUAACCGAUAAAAUUUCAAUUGUUGUUAUCGAUGCGAACUGUCAUCGACGCAUCCUACGCAUUGAACUUGCAAACUGCAUGCAUACAUUAUAAACAGAUCACUGAUAAAUAGGAGUGCCAGUACAGUGUAUUUAUUAUUGAGAUUGCCCUCGCCUGUAGUCGACAAAAAUAUUGACCUUUCUUCGUUAGCGUAAUUAAAAAAAAAGUUUCAAAAUGAAUGACUCUUUUUUAGAGGAUUUAGAUUUGCUGCCAAAAGAAGCCAAAGCUAAAAGUUCUGCUCAGCUAAAAAAUAAAUCAUUCAUCACAAAAAGAAAAAUCUUGUCUCCUCCCCCAUCAAAUAUUCAAACUAGAGAUGAGCUAUCUGAUGCUAGCUCUAAGCAAGAAAAGAUUGUAUCAUCAUCCUGUAUUAAUAUUCAUAAAUCAAAAAUGACUCGCAGAAGUGGCAGUCAAGAACCCAAAAACUUGUCAAUUCCUGAUGGGAAACCUCAUAGUUCUACUCCAAAAUCUGAUAAAAAAGUACCACAAACAAAUGAAAAUGUCAAACCAUUAGAAAAUCAACUAGAAGUUAAUGAAUUCAAAGCUAAAGUUCAAGAAGCCUUGCCAUUGUUCAAAAACCAAGAAAAAUUUAGUGCAGAUAAAUCAAAUCGACGCUCAGGAAGUUCAAGUCGACUCUUAGAAGUAACCAGUAAAGAAAACAGCAGACCCUCUACUGAUUCUUCAUCAAGAGAUAGUGGCUCAAUGACAGAUAUAAAAAAACAUCGUAAAACUUCAGAAGGUGAAUCAAAAAAAGUUGAUAUUUUACCAAAUACUGACCCUGUAAUGUUAUUAAGUGCCAUUAAAGAUCUUGUGAGCAGAUACACUGAGCAAGAAACUUUAAAAAUUUUGGGGUCAAUGUCAAAUAUGUAUAUUAGUUCCCAAGCCAAUCUUAUAAAAAAUUUAAUGUUACAAACUGAUGAGUUGGUAGAAAAAUUAAACAGCAAUAAAAAUAAUCAAAAUAUAAAGUCAUUAGUAGAAGAAAAUGAAAAAAUGAGAGAAGAAAUUUUUGUUUUACGAACUAGAAAUGAAGUUUUACAAAAGAGAGUAAAUGAAAUGGCUUGUAUCAAAGAAGAGAAUGUUAUGCUCAAAAUGAAACUAAAGGAAUUGGAAGAAUAAACUUAAAAGUAUUGUAUUAUUAAAAAAUAAGAUAUAGAAUAAGAAGUUGGAAUUUACAACCAUAUUUAGAAGUAUAUUUUUAAAAUUUAUAUACUUUCUAAUUUUAUAGUUAAAUGUUCUUAUCUUUACACACCAAUGUUGAUGUUAAUAAUAAGUGCCUAAAGUUAUAUUUUUUACCUCGUAAUUAUAAAUAAUUUC